AUGGUCGAGAGGCUUGGCGGUGCCCCUAUCGCCAAUGCCGCCGCCGCCGCCGGUGGCCGGGUCGGCACGGCCCGCGGCAACGGCGGUGGCUUCCCGCCACACCCCGCGGACGAGGAUGUUGUGGACGACGGCGGCGUCUUCCCGCAUUAUUCUGCGCGCGCGGCCGCGGGUAGGCGUGACGGAGGCGGCGGAGGCGGCGGCGGCGGAGGGGGGCGGAGCGGAGGUGGCCCUCAGGAGUGGUCCCGGCAACAGCGGCACGCUCAACAGCAGGAGCUGCACCCCGCCCGCGGCAGGGCCGGGUCUGCCUCCGACGGCCAGGUCGCGGCACCGUCGAGGCCACCAAUGCCCGGGGCAGGUGCCACCCCUGCCGCAGCCUCGGUGGCGGAGCAGUUUGGGGGAGUAGGGGACGGAAGAGGACCGGGCAGAUCGCGCGGCGUCGCCGACGCUGUAGAUUACUACGACCACGACCACCCUUAUUACCGGAGAGAUCGGGAGCCGCGCGGAGGGGGCGGGCCGGCGAUGGGCGGCAGGGGGCGCCAUCCCUACAACGAUGUCGGGCCGCCAAUGGGAGCGCAAGGCAGCCCAGCAGCGGUUCCGGCUGCUCACCAUCCCUACCCGGGGCCGCCGCGGGCCGACCACGACCAUCACCGUGCUGGCAGCGGUGCCGGCGGCCGCGGGGGCGGCGGGCGGCCGCGCUCUCCGGUACAAAUGGCCGCACGCGGAAGCCCUCGGAGCAGCGGGCACCCGAUGAGGCCCCCCGACCGCGGCGGCGAAGCGGUUUUGCCGCCACGCUACGUGCGGGCUUCUCCACCGAGCAUCAACCAGACGCUGUGCGAGGCGAUCGAGAGGGUUUUUGAGCACAGAGAGAAGAUGGCCGGAGCGGGGGUCGGCGUCGGCGGGCGUGUGGCGUCGGCGGCGGUGACGGAGGGGUCGAACACGUCGACGGGUCUGAGGGGAGACGCUGAGAUGAACGGUGGGAGGAGGGGGGCAGCCCCCCCCCCCCGUGGUGUCUCGUCGUCGCUGGCGUUGGAUGCUAAGAAGGCGACCCUAAGAAUUAUCGCCAUCAUGGAGAGCUUCGAAGGACGGCUGAACGAUGUCAUGCGCGAUGCGAGAGCGAGGGCGGAGCUAGACGCGAUCUUCCCGGGGAUGCACGAGCGAGAGUUCCGUGCCUUGCUGGAGGAGUGCAUUGAGCGCUCGCAGCUUGAGCGAUGGGGCCGCAAACGGACAUGCUGCGGCAGCCAAGACCCGUGUCCCGAGGUCCCUCCGGCAAAGGAGCGCGUCACGGUUGCAGCAUCAUGUGCUGCGCAAGACACGUACGGCAGGAUGGAGGCCGAGCGCAUGUACCUGGAGAGGGAGCGGGCGUACCGGAGAGACCACCCGGGGCACCCGCACGAGCCGCCGCCGCCGCCGAUAUACCAGGAGAUGCGGGAUCGCGAGGAGCGCUUCUACGCGUCGCCGCGGCGACCGUACCCUCACCCGGACGUGGCGUACCACGACGAGGGUUACCUCCGGAGGCGUCCCGGCGCCGUCGGCGCGUACCACGAGCAGCGCCCCCCGGUCGCCGCCGCCCGCGGAGGCGGGGGCGGUUUCGUGCACGCGAACCGCGCGCUGGGCCCCGAGGACUCGUCGCACAAGUACCACGACGCGGAGCUGGAGGCGCCGUCGUACCCGCAGUACGCCGCCGCCGCUGGGCGGGGGCGUGGCGUUCCGCCUGAGGAGGCCGCAGCGGCGGCGGCAGCGGCGGCGGCCGCGGGGAUGGCGGGCCCGCCGCCCCUGUACAAGCCGCCGGUGAGGCGGGGGCCGGGGGUGGGGUUAUCGCAGCCGUCGGAGGGCGGUGCAUACCACCGCCACGGCCACCACCCUCGAGGCGGAGGUAGCGGCGGCGGCGGCAGCCACCAUUCCUCCGCACCGACCGACGACAGCCCCCCCGGUCACGACCGGAGGAGAGUCGGCGCGUCGCCCCCGGGGGCGCAGUCCCUCCGCGGCGACACGCGACCCCGCGGGGGCUCCGUGGCAUCGCUACCGCCCUCGACCUCCCGACCCAGGGUCGUCACCAAUGGCACCGGCGGUGAUGGUCGCCUCGAGGAUGACGGCACCAGCUCGACCACGUCCCGGCCGGACGACCCGAAGCAGCGCUCGUCGGAAGAGCGCGGCGACGGCGGCGGCGGCGGGGGUCGCCACCCGGCCGCCUCCGGCGGCGCGAGGCCGCGGGUGGACUCUCUCGCUGGGGAGGACUGCGACGUAGGGAAGCCGUUCUGCGAGGUGGUGCGCGACGCGUCGGGGCUGACGCGGUUGUUCAUCCCGGAGACGCCCCCUGUGGUGCCGCGGCGGCCUCCCAGCAAGGGCAACAAGCGGGAGACGCUGGGGGACAUCGCCCACCGCAUCCCGGUGACGGUGAUGCGGCCCUACUUCAACUACCCCCUCAGGACGGCGGCGGAGGCGAUGAACAUCUCGGUGACGACCCUGAAGCGACUGUGCCGCCGCCAUGGGGUGAAGCGGUGGCCGCACCGGCAGAUCAGCGGGAUCAACCGAGCCAUGGCCCACCUAGAGUUCCAGCAGGACCAGGCGGGGCGCCGAAAUUCUGAGAAGAUCACCACUCGCAACAACCAGGUGUCCGAGCAGAUGCAGGAGCUCCUACGCCGACGAAAAGUCAUGAUCGAGCACGCUUUCGAGAGCGACGAUGGAGGCUCAAGGCAGCAGUGGAAGUCCUCGGAUAGCGAAGACGAGGACGGCGGCGGCGGCGGCGCGGGGGGUGGUGACCCGGAGAGCUUCUCGGACGCCAACCCCGACCACCAUCACUCCUUUGCACCCAAGCGUCGUGCCAUCAAGGACACGGCUGCUAUCAGCAACGGGAACGCGUGGGGGCGGUGA